AUGUCUCAGAGUAACAGAACAGACCGUUACGGCCCAAAAAGAGAGAAAAGGCCUCCCCUGACACACUUUCUCUGCCUCCCACUGGUGAACGCCGUCUCUUUACCCCAGCUGGAGUCCUCUCUUGCGACGUUCAAGGCAAUCAUCCCAUCCAGUCAGAAUGACCCUUCACAAGAGCGUACUCUUGUCGAGCAGCCACUCAUCCCCGAUAGCGCCGUACGUCCCAUUGGUACCCUCCAUCUGACCCUUGGGGUGAUGAGUCUUCCCACAAGAAAACGACUAGAGGAGGCAAUAGAGUUCUUCCACUCCCUCGAUCUCGUCUCCUUGAUUCGUGAGGCAGAGGAUGUUGCUAGAAAGCCUAGCUCGUCCAAAAGAGGGAGGGUCUCGUCUUCUUCGAAUCGAUCGGAGCUCCCAGGAGCUCUCCGAGAGAAUGAGCUCUUUCCUGGAUCCGAGCAGCCAGAUGAAGGCAAUGCUUCUCCUGUCGGUGUUUCAGAGAAAUCCUACGCACCGUUCACAAUCUCACUUGAGUCCUUACAUGCGCUCCCGAGAGCACGCGCUGCUACUGUCCUCCACGCCGCUCCAGUAGACUCCACGUCCCGCCUCUAUCCGUUCUGCGUGCUGCUGCGGAACAAGUUCCUGGAAGCUGGUUUCUUACAGGGCGAGCAGAUGAAAGACAAGCGAGGGUCACAGGGCAAGAAUGAAUCUCAAUCACUACAGAGAGACUCAGAAAUUGCUCCCGAUAGCAUGACAGGCACAAUGCAUAUCGCCGAAUCGGGAGUAGCAGAGAGCCAGCCAUCUCAUUCAGCUGUCUCAGCCGAAGACAAUUCAGCCCUCCUGAGCGAAAUGCCUGUUGAUUUAGCGAAUGAAACCGCGAAGAGACAUUCGGAGUCGGGCAGACCUAUCGCCACCAUCACACUCUCCAUCCAACCAGAGCCUAAACCCAAGAUUCGACCACUGCUCCUGCAUGCUACAGUGGUCAAUACGAUCUAUAUCCGCGGCCGGCGAGCAGGCGGCGGUUCUGGAAAUGGCAAUAACCGCCGAAAAAUCCAAUACUCCUUUGACGCACGGGAUAUUCUGGUCCACUAUAGAGAUUACUACAUCGAUAGUCAGAGGGCAGCACCGCGAGCUACCGCCAUUGCCAUCACUUCUCAAGCUCGAGAAGCAGAAAAAGAACAAUCUUCGAAUAGUGAAGCAAGCUCGACAGCCAAUGAAGAGGACAGUAGCGGUGAGUUACGCCGCUCGCCUUCCAAGAAGAAACAGAAACAGCUGUCUAUGGAGGAGGCCGCCACCUUCCCCUUUGUUUGGGCGAAAGACAUCCCCCUUGAAACUAUCUGCAUUUGCGAGAUGGGUGCAAAGAAGCUUGAUCCCGAUGAUAGUGAAAUGAAUGCGCGAUUGGGUGAACAAUAUAGAGUUGUCACUGAACGAAGCUUGGAUUUUACCUCCAACGAGGAAACACUGGUUGCCGAGAGCAGCUUCCCUAGCUCACAGCAGGAUGGGGACACCAUCAGUAGUGAUGGGAGUGUUGGAGGAGGAGUGAGAAUCUAA